AUGACGGGGUCCAGGAGGGGACCCUCGUCCAGAUCCAGCGUGCCCGUGCUCAGUGUGACCACCCUGGGUUACCUCUCCUGCCUGCUGCUCCUGGGCCACGCGGAUGCACGGGUGGUCGUCUCCGAGCCCUUCGGCAGACCUCCUCCACCGCCGCCGCCACACAUCAUUUUCUUCAUGGUGGACGACCAGGGCUACCGCGAUGUGGGUUACCACGGCUCGGACAUCCACACGCCUCUCCUGGACCAGCUGGCAGCCGAGGGGGUGAAGCUGGAGAACUACUACGUCCAGCCCAUCUGCUCGCCGACCAGGAGCCAGCUGAUGACCGGGCGCUACCAGAUCCACACGGGUCUCCAGCACUCCAUCAUCCGCUCGCGCCAGCCCCUGUGCCUGCCGCGGGACGCGCCCACCCUGCCGGAGCGGCUGCAGCGGGCCGGCUACGCCACCCACAUGGUGGGCAAGUGGCACCUGGGCUUCUGCCGGCCCGAGUGCCUGCCCACGGGCCGCGGCUUCCAGAGCUUCCUGGGCUCGCUGACGGGCAGCGGCGACCACUUCACCCACCAGAGCUGCGACGGCGCCGAGGCCUGCGGCUUCGACCUGCACGACGGCGAGCGGCCCGCCUGGGAGCUCAGCGGCAACUACUCCACACUGCUCUACACCGAGAGGGUGAAGCAGAUCCUGAGGUCCCACAGCUCCCAGAAGCCUCUGUUCCUGUACAUCGCUCUGCAGGCCCUGCACACCCCACUGCAGGCCCCCGCCCACCUGCUGCGCCGCCACAGUUCCCUGGGCAACCGUCCGCGGCAGCACUACGCCGCCAUGCUGAGCGGCGUGGACGAGGCGGUGGGGGCGGUGGUGCGCGAGCUCCGCACGCAAGGCUUCUACCGCAACUCCGUGCUGGUGUACUCCUCGGACAACGGCGGGCAGCCACUGUCGGGCGGGUGCAACUGGCCGCUGCGGGGGGGCAAGGGCUCGUACUGGGAGGGCGGGGUGCGGGCCGUGGGCUUCGUGCACAGUCCCCUGCUGAAGAGGAGGGGGGCGGUGAGCCGAGCGCUGAUCCACGUCUCCGACUGGUACCCGACUCUGCUGGGGCUGGCCAGGGUCCCCGGGAAAGAUCGGCGGCUGGACGGGCACGACGUGUGGGGGGCCAUCAGCCAAGGCCUGCCCUGCCCCCGCACGGAGAUCCUGUUCAACAUCGACCCGGUGUCGCGCCGCCCCGGCGAGCCUCCCCAGCAGAUGGCGCUCCGGCAGCGACGUGGCUUCGGGAUCUGGGACACGGGCGUGCGCGCCGCGCUGCGCGUCGGCGACUGGAAGCUGCUGACGGGUCCCAUGGGCGACGGGGACUGGUUCCCCCCGCAGACGCUGCCGGUGGCGCCGUCGCGCUGGCAGGGCCUGGAGAAGCGCCGCGACCAGCACGGCAAGUCCGUCUGGCUCUUCAACGUCACCGCCGACCCGUACGAGCGCAGCGACCAGUCCGAGGCCCGGCCCGAGGUGGUGCGGCUGCUCAUGGCACGCAUGGCGGAGUACAACCGGACCUCCGUGCCCCCGCGGAACCCGCCCGACGACCCCCUGGCCGACCCCCAGCUCCACGGGGGGGUGUGGACCCCCUGGCUGGGCCCAGAGGGGAGCGAGGGGAGCGUGGGAGGGAGCGUUGGGGGGAGCGGGACGCUGGCUCUGGGGGCGUACAGGCGGGUGGCUGUGAGACACUGUAAGGUCUGCAGGCUGCGUGCGCUGUUCAAGAAGGUUGGCUUUCGCAUGCAGAGGGCCUCACUGUUCUUCUAGCCAGG